AUGGGAAAUCGUAUUUUUGAAAUUAAAAAUCUUUAUGUUUUCAUAGUUUUUGUUGCUUCCGCGUCGUGUGAGGGUGUAUCUUCGAUUGAAGAUGAUUCUGGAGACAUUUAUUCUACAACUCUGACUACAGCGAAGGAGUACGGUAGUGUUUCGCCGAAGCCGAGGAAUUUGUACAGAAGAUUCAAUGUGGCCGUCGGAGAAUUCGGUACACCAUUGGACCUGUUCCGCGGCAAGAAGCCACAGAGGAGAACGAGAAGUCAUAUAGAAACUAUUUGGAAAUGGGAUUUCUGGUGCCAAUUGCAGCCCAAAAUUGGUAAAUGUACUGCUAAGGAACAGGCAAAACUAGGACCUGCAAGACAAAGCUUCUACUAUGAUGCGCAGUUAGAUGCAUGUCAGUCGUUCGUUUUCUCCGGAUGUGAUGGCAAUAAGAACAAUUUCGCGACCCUGGUUGACUGCGAACGCCAUUGUAAAGGCUCAGCCUUCAUGGCAAUAAAAGAAUCAACAAGAACUACAUAUUGCGGCUUACAAUCGAAUGCUGGACUAUGCAUGGCUUUAAUACAAAGGUACUAUUACGACAUUAACGAGAAAGACUGCAAAGUUUUCCUAUACGGAGGCUGUGGGGGAAACCAGAACAGAUUCAAGACUCAUAGUUCGUGUAUGGAAAGGUGUACAGAAGAAAAAUAA